AUGUAUACCUCAAGCAUCAUCGCCGCUUUCACCACCGUCUUGGCUCUUGCCUCCGCUGUCCCAGCACCAGCUCGUCAAAUCCAGGCUCGCGCAGCUCCAGUCGUCGAUGUCCUCGUUCAAACCUCUCCAUUGAACUCGGCCAAUGUCCAAGCCAGCGCCGUUCAAGUCAUUCUCGGGGAAGUCAAAGUGGUUAUUGGCAACUCGGGAUUCUCUCCAAGCCAAGCCUCCAAGUUGAGCAUCUCGCCUUUCGGUGCCACUACCGAUAUCACCACGGUUGAGUGCCAGGCCUUCAGCGAUACCAAGGGAGAGAUUCCAGUUUCAGGCAUCUUCAGCAGUGCUUACCCCGCCAUACUUUCAUCCACUGCGACUGUGCCUGUUGGGUCUAUUAUUUGCGAGUAUAUCUAG